CUCUGCCCCACUCGGCACUCAAUCAAUGCACUCACGAGUCUCCCCCCUUCUCAUGUUCUAAGCUGUAACUAUAAGCCCACGCCCAUUACUUCCUAUCCUAUUCCAUUCGUUCCCCAGCGCUGCGCCAAUUCCCCAAAAAAUGGGCGGAGAAGAAGAAGGCGGAGGCGAGGAGUACCUGUUCAAGAUAGUGGUGAUCGGGGAUUCGGCGGUGGGCAAAUCCAACUUGCUCUCCCGCUUCGCCCGCAACGAGUUCGACGCCAACUCCAAGGCCACCAUCGGCGUCGAGUUCCAGACCCAGCUCCUCGACAUCGACGGCAAGGAAAUCAAAGCCCAGAUCUGGGACACCGCCGGCCAGGAGCGCUUCCGUGCCGUCACCUCCGCCUACUACCGCGGCGCCGUCGGUGCCCUCGUCGUCUACGACAUCACCCGCCAAACCACCUUCGACAGCGUCACCCGCUGGCUCCAGGAACUCUCCAUGCACUGCGAUACGACUGUGGGGAAGAUGCUGGUGGGGAACAAGUGCGACCUGGACGACAUACGGGAAGUGAGCAAAGAGGAAGGCAAGAGGGUGGCGGAGGAGCAGGGGCUGUUUUUCAUGGAGACUUCUGCCCUGGAUUCCACCAACGUCGAGGCGGCGUUCGAGGUGGUGAUCCGAGAGAUUUACAACAACCUCCGCCGGAAGGUUUUGAGCUCCGACUCCCACAAGCCUGACUUGAGUGCUGCCAACACCGUCUCCCUCCUCAACAAUGGUGCCGCCGGUCGCAGUUCCUAUUGCUGCUCCUCCUCUUGAGAUGAGAUGAGAUGAGAUGAGAUGAGACCAACCCACCCUUGGCAACAAUUUCGUAUCCCCCAUUUU